CUCUCUGACUUCGCUGCCAUAUCAAUUGAUUCUGAUUUAGCCUUGAGGGCAUGAACGUUGAUCAAAGUCCUAUGCAGUAAUUGGGCUGUAUGGUAUCUUUUACGGCCUCGGCAUUUCAAAUCUCGGUCUUCACCGCUUCUCCAGCUGAAAUCCCUUGUGGGUUUUGGAGAGAUUUCAACUUAUUGCAUGAGAUUGCUGGAAUAUCCUACAAUCUUGAGUAUCGAGUGAUGAAUCAUGGCCCCUCAGAGGAAAGAUUGGGCCGUCGAGAUGGCGAAGAAUGGGCGAUGGCCGACGACAGAUGAAGACUUCAAGGAAAUGGUCAAACAGAUGGAUUUCCUUGGACUCAAAGGUCCUUACCAUCCCAAAAAUGCCUAUCCCGGAUCGCCCUAUAUGAACUGUCGGCGACCUACUGCAGCACAAGUACGCAAGGAAGCAAAGUUUGCAUCGGAAAGAGUAUUAUCAGAUUGGAAUACAUUACGGAAGAUUGUGGAGAGGCAUGCAGAGACUUUAGAGAAGAGGUGGACGAAGAAAACGAGGAAGAAGCAAAAGGAGCUGCUGUUGCAAGCUUGGCCAAACAUAUCCCCAACACAUCGUCCUGACUUCGAGGCAUAUCGAAUGGAGAACACUGGGCGACAUCAUUUUGGCCUCUCGAAAUUUCAAGAAGCAUUCAAGUGGCCGAACAUCAACCAGCAGGACCUCAGCAGCAGGUCUCUCAUUAUCUUCAUCAACAACCGAGCUCGAAAUCCUCCCAGUGUGUUUGCCAGAGCAGAUGUCGACGCAACACGCCUGGGAUCCAAUGGCCACUGGAUUCCAGAGCAGGACUUCCUCCUAGGAUAUACGAUAUUCAUGGACGGAGCCAAAACAGAGACAUACGGCAAACUGGUUUCCUGGGAUGAUGACAAGGAUGCGGCGGAUCUCUUGUUCUCGCAGAGACAAUUUUCCCCGGGCGAGGGUUUGCGGGUAUUCGAGCUGCAGGAAAAGAUCUACCCCUUUCUCGUCAAAUGUUGCGAGCUCAUCUUGCAUGAUCUUGUCGAAGAUGGCUCCUUACUUGGCGGUGAAGUGCCCAUCCCCUCGGAGACCUCGGCUGCCGCUGCUAAGACUUCUGAACCUUCCUCUGUGACAGAAAUUCUACCCAGUUUAGCUACAAUAUCAGCUGAAGCUCCAUACCGUCUGCCAGCAAAUCUAGACUUGGAGCGCUUGAGAGCCAUAUUCGCCGCCAGACUCUCUGCAGCAGAAGAUAAUCUCUGGCUGUUGAGAGAGGACCCAGGAUACUUUGCGGACACCAUAAUGGAUUGGAGUGAGCACAGAAAUGAUCGGCUGCCGGAUACUCGUGGUCAACCACAUCCCACUGGGCCACAGACUACUCAAUUCUGGGAACGAGUCAUCAGAAAUGUCAUUGCUGAUGCGUAUACUGGAUUCGAAACAUGGAGCCUUCUUCACAGAAGCGUCAAUCGACUUUGUGCACUGAAAGAGAAAUACAAGAACGAUAUUUCAUAUGACCGCCAGCUUCCUGAGGAGUAUUUAAUUACUAUUCUCAAGUUCAAACAGCUGCUUCUGAUCGCUUGCGAGACUCCUCUGCAUAACCUAAAGAAUAUCCAGUCAUCUCCGCCACUGAGGCAAUACUUCAUUCGUGAGCCACAGGAUCCAAGAACCAUCAACAUGCACAUUCGUCCCAUCAACGAAUUGGAUCCUCAUUUCCACAAACCUUGGGGCCUCCUCCUUAUACUUUGGGAUGAGCAACAAAGGGAACUGUUUGGGCUCCCACAAGUGAUUGACUACUUUGAGUGGAUUAUGCAGGACCCUACGGAGAAAAAGAAUCUCUCUCCUUAUAUGGCUGAUUGUUUUGCCGACCUUGCUAUACUUUCUCGAGCGCUGCUCGAAAUCGACAUCUACCAACCUUGGGCAGCUACUUUCGAAGACGAAAAUAGAAAACACGCAAGAAAGAUUAUGGAGACCAUGAGCGAAGCCACCUUCCAAAUCAACUAUCUAGAACACAUGGACCGAGUCAUGCUCGGCAUAACACAACUAGCCAUGCCUAAAGACGGAAAGUUCGAUUACCCAAUCGACAAGAAACGAACCAAGCAGACCACCGAGGCGAUGAUUAACGCCGAGAAGAACCUUGACUUCUUCUGGAUCAAAUUCGACGCAAACUGGAGAAGACUAGCCGGCAAGAAUAUCGAUAAAUGUAUGGGAGAUCAUAAACCAGGGCAGAGUGGACAGAAGAUCAAACGGACCGCUCCGUGGGUGGAACCAGUCAAGGAAGCAAAGAAGCCCAAGGUCGAGCCCGUGGAUUUGGACGUGAAAGCGUGGACGGAUAGCACCUCUACCAAUGAGGAGAUCCCCGCCAAGCCUUCGAAGCAAAAAGUCAAAACGAAAAGAGCCACCGUCGAACCAGACACCAAGACUGAAGAUACCCAAAAAGCUUCUCCUCUUCCACCCGCUGCACAGCCCGACAAGCAGCCAGUGUUCAAAGUCUCUCCCGCCUCCCUCAAAGUCUUCAACACCCUUUUCUUCACUCCCGGCUCUGCCGGUAAUGUAGGAGAGGUCCCUUGGAUCGACUUCCUGCGUGCUAUGGCGAGUACCGGCUUCGCUGCCCAGAAGCUGUAUGGCAGCAUCUGGCAGUUUACGCCUACCAACUUGGACGUUGAGAGGAGUAUACAAUUCCACGAGCCGCAUCCGGAAGUGAAGAUUCGGUUUACGGUUGCGAGGAGAAUGGGAAGGAGGUUAACGAGGGCGUAUGGGUGGUAUGGAGAGAUGUUUGAGUUGGAUAAAUGAGGGGAGGGUGAUAUAUUGAUCUGAUGAUGUACUGUUAGUUGUCUUGCAAAUGGGUUGGAUACAGAGUAGAAAAUGGCUAUUGGCUAGACAAAGAGACGCCAAUCCGACCGAAUCUAACUGAAUAUCAUGAGACUAUCAUCUAACCG